GUGUAAAUAAACCUCUCAGUCGCUUGUAUACAGAUAAUCCAGAUUAGAUGUACAGAUCGGGUGAUGUAGCAGCAACAUCUUCUCGUCCACGUAAAGGCGAAUUCUGGACUGGUUGAAGGAGUUAAGAACCAAUCAGCUGUCAGCUCAGCUCAGCUGAUUGGUUUUCCUCGAUGAAACAAUUAUUAAAAAUUCACAAACUCUCAGCUUUUAUCAGCUUAGCUUUACUGUCAUUGUUGAUACCACCUGACCGGAACCCCCCCCCACGUCCCCCCCACCACAUCAAGAUAAGACUUCAGCCCAAUUUAUUUAUUGGACUUCAACAGCUCGGUGCCACCAGACUGGUGCCGUUUCAUCUUGUACCUGUAAAAGAAAAAUGACAAUUUCCUUUGCGUUAAAAAAAAAGAAAAAAAAGGAAGUGUCAGGAAAUGAAGAAUUAAAAAAGUAACAGAGCAGAAAUGUGCUGAAGCUGAAGCUAAAGAUAAUAAAAUCCAACACCAAAUGGACUUGUUUGUUGUUGACGCUUUGACGAGGGUGAUUCUGGGCGAUCCGUUUGAUUCUGUUUCUAUUUUGCAAACUUUUCUUUAUUACUGCUGUGACAAAUAAAGACUUGUCUUUCUGUCAUCCUCUUCAUUCCUCUCCGUCUGUGUUUCUUCUUCUUCUUCUUCUCCUCUUCACCUCUUUUGUCCUGGCGUUAGAACCACGUCACGGUCACAGUCGCUCACGGUGUCCACGGCUGCUGUGAACACCGUGUUAUUGUCGCUGUUGUUUCAGGACAGCCUGAGUUGCAGCUGUAACCCUGUGACAUCACACUGAGAAAAUCCUACACCAAGUUUACAGGAAGGAGCAGAAGAGCAGCGUGGGUUUUGAUUGGUCCACAGCGAUCCAGCUGCAGCGCACUCUUCCGCCUGCUGCACUUUUUUCAUCCUUGUGUUCAAACUUGUGUUGAGGCGAGGUCCAGAGAGGAUGACGGAAGAUUUCUGACUUCAAGAACAACAAAUUCUACUGCCUCUGAAUCAAGAUCCAACUUCAGGGAUGAAGGUGUUCGUGUUCCUCUGGUUCGUGCCGUCUGCUGUGUUUGCUGCGGUGGAAGUGAUCGUGUCCAAUUCUCAGGAGCGCGUCGUCCUUGAGUGCAGGGUCGGCACCUUCACCAAUCUGGCCUGGAAACACAACGAUCAGCUGAUUCAGAGUUUGAACAACCGCAACCUCCCUCGCAAAGGCCCAGCUGCCAUUUUGGGAAGGUCAAAGUGCGUGCUGGACAGGCUGGAGAUCCCUUCAGUGAUGGCGCAAGAUACCGGAACGUUCACCUGCAUCGCAGACGGCAAAACUAAAGAGUUCAAGCUCCUCGUGGUCUCAGUCGGGUCCAGCCCACCUGAGCUCCACUCUGGCUCCAAAGCCACACUCCAGUGUGUUGUGAACACGGGCAAACCUUUGAGCCCAAAGCCCACUGUGCAGUGGAUCAGACCAGACGGGGUUCCACAUCCAGCCAAGGGUCCGGCCCAUCUGUACCCCGUCACGGCGUCAGACUCGGGGGUCUGGGUUUGCAGUUUCCUGUAUGAGGGUCGGACGUACAACAGCAGUCUCCACGUCAGAGUUAAAGCCCACAUCACAACCACAUUAGCGCCCCCAGGAGGUCCGAAGGUCCAGACGAAGACUCCAUGCAACAACUUGACGCAGUCCUGUCCUCCACCAGGAUCCACUGAGCCACAGCCCGGUCCUGCUCAGUUCCACUGGUGGCUGUGGGUCGCCAUAGGAGCUGGGAGCUUCCUGGUGCUUCUCAUGCUGGUCUGCAUCAGCGUGUUGAUAAGGAGGAACAGAAGGAGGAAGAAAAAAUUACACAGGAUAAAGGGCGCCCCCCCCCCACACCGGCCCCGGCAGUACUGCCAGUGUAACUGUCCUCCAUCUGCAGCCAGACUGAAGCAGGGCGGUCAGAAGCCCAAGCCCUUGGCGCCCCCCCUGAAGCCACUGCUGGUGCAGUGACGCACGAGCGGACAGAGAAGAACCAGGAGGGCGGCGCUGUGACCUGAAUGUGGACGAUCUUCUGACCCAAGUGUCGGCGCCGAGCUGCUUCACCCAACAGUGAAUGGAACUGUUUUCACCUUCGUGCAGAAUAUUAUCACAGCGUUUAUGCUCACGGUCUGUUAGCUCUGUGUAAUUAGCCGCUGCCUGUAACUAGCAUUUAGCUCGAGUUAGCUUCAGACUCCACUGGCCUCCUGUGUUCAUGGUUUUUUUUUUUUAUUUGUCUGUCAAUAAACCAGAAAAUAAAGUCAUUAAAAAAACUCA